UACAGAAACGGCCCAUCGGAAGGCCGCCCACAGCCCAUUUCGCACGCUAUAAGGCCUCUGCUCCGCUGCUGCUGCGGCUUCCUUCCCCACCCGUCUCCCCCCGAGAGAAGAGAGCGAGGUGGUGCGGAUGGAGAGCGCCAAGCGCAUGCGCGCCGCCAUGAGCAACGACGAGGACACGACGAGCCAUGGGAGCGCGGGAGUCGGCGUGGCCGCGACGGAGGGGGACGACAUGACCGUGGUUGCGGCGGACGAGCAGGAGCAGAUGGGGUCGGCGGAGACGGAGGACCACAUCCAGCGCAUCCUUGCCGCCAUCGACAACUACACUCGCCAGGUGAGUGGCCAUCUCAUUCUCAUCUCAUGCAUUAUUGCAGGUGCUCAUGCCAUGCGUGCUUGUGUCUGCAGGUGUCGGAGAUGCUGGAUGCCGGGCGCGCGCUGUUCAAGGACCUCGCCGCCGACUUCGAGGAGCGCCUCUGCUCGAUCCACAGGGAGAGGGUUGAGCGGUGGGAGGAGGAGAUCCGGGAGCUGCGCGCCCGCGACGCCGCCAACGAGCAGGCCCGCGCCCUCCUCCACAAUGCCCAGCUGCACCUCCUCCACACCGUCCGCGACUAAGCCACCUCUUCUGUCACUGUUACGUUUCUAUUUCCUACUACUACUAGGCGAGUUUUAGUUCAUGUCACUCAAAUAGCAAGCGCUAAGCCUCAACUCUCAACUGCAGCAGCAACAGCAGAGUGCCUUUGCUUUACCACCUUAUUACCCUAUCUGUCUACUCUGGUAUUGUUUAAGAUAGAUAGAUGUAAAUUCAUGUAUGGAUCAGGCACAUCUGAAUGCUAUUCGAUCUCGUUUAACCUGCAA